AUGAAAGAAGCACCACUGCAAGAUGAUGACGCCCAACUCGCGGCCAUGGGCCACAAGCAAGAGCUGAAGCGCCAGUUUUCGACCUGGGCAAUGCUCGGUCUCGCUUUUGCCGUGUUGAACUCGUGGACCGCCCUGUCGGCCAGUCUAUCGAUUAGUCUUACCUCUGGGGGCGCGACAAGCGUCAUCUGGGGUCUUGUGACUGCGGGGUUCUGCAACUUGUGCAUUGCCUCUUCAUUGGCCGAGUUUCUUUCUACUUACCCCACUGCCGGUGGUCAGUAUCAUUGGGUUGCUGUCAUCGCCUGGCCCAAAUGGGUUCCCAUAUUAUCCUGGGUUACAGGAUGGAUCAAUGUGGCUGGUUGGAUUGCCUUGGUCGCCACCAACUCGCUUUUAUCCAGCCAACUGAUUGUUGGAGUUAUCUCAUUGAUGCAUCCGAGCUACGAUCCCCAGCGCUGGCACCAGUUCCUUAUUUACGUUGGGUUGACAAUGGGCGCAUUCUGCAUCAAUGGCUUCAUGAACUCCAUACUACCGGUGAUUUACCGUGGCGCUUUUACUUGGUCUAUCGGUGGAUUUGUGAUUGUUUCAAUCACCGUCUUGGCUUGUUCUUCGCCGGAUUAUAACUCGGCCUCUUUUGUUUUUGGAAACUUUGUGAACAGUACUGGAUGGCCUGAUGGUGUUGCUUGGCUACUUGGACUUCUGCAAGGAGGUCUCGGAGUGACUGCCUUUGAUGCCGUUGCGCAUAUGAUAGAAGAGGUUCCUAAUCCAUCUGUUGAGGGACCCAAAAUCAUGGUGUCUUGUGUUGGAAUCGGUAUCUUCACUGGCUUCAUCUUCUUGAUUGUUCUGCUGUUUGUCGCCGGUAGCAUGGACGCGGUCACCACUUCGGCAGCUGGCCCCCUCUUGCAGAUCCUCUACGAUGCGACCAAUAACAAGGCCGGGGCUAUCUGCCUUCUAAUGCUUCCGCUUGUAUGUUUGAUCCUCGCUAUCCUCAGCGUGAUGACAACCAGUAGUCGCAUGAUCUACGCUUUCGCUCGCGAUGGUGGCCUUCCUGCCUCCCGUUUCUUCGCCACUGUUCACCCCACCCUCAAGCUACCGCUGAAUGCACUGAUAUUGACGGUAGUCGUCGUGAUAUGCUUCGGCUGCAUCUUCUUGGGUUCUUCGAGUGCCUUCAAUGCUAUUAUCUCCGCCUCGGUUGUGGCGCUUGAUUUAUCCUACGCGAUGCCUAUCUUGGUGAACUGCUUGCAAGGGCGCAAGGCCCUUCCCAAGGGAAGCUGGAAGCUGCCCAAUGCCCUUGGAUGGAUCGCCGACAUUGUCGCUCUAUCAUAUAUCGCAUUGACAACCGUGCUCUUUGUUUUCCCUCCCUCCAGUACUGUCACUGGAAGCAGCAUGAACUAUUGUGUUGCUGCGUUCGCAAUCAUCAUCAUCAUCUCCGCUUUCCAGUGGAUUGUGGACGGUCGCAAGAACUUUACAGGUCCGCGUAUCGACUUCGCAACUGACGCUCUUGAUACCAUGCACACGAAUGACACAGAAGCUACGCAUCAUGAGAAGUAG